AUGAGAGUACACCACUUCCCCUUGCACACCGGCCCACCCACACCAUCCCCCCAACAUCGCGGCACACCCGACACCCCCCAGCCCCAUGCGCAAGCCCCCAACCCGAAUCGCAUAGCCCGAAUUCUCCAACACCAUCAUGUAGCACCAAAAGUCUUGUAA